GCUUCACAGCGGUUCUCUUUUCAUUCGACCUCUUCUUGUUCUGGCUGGGCUUGGGUCGGGCAGCAGGCGCACAGCGACGACGUGAUCCGCCGUGACCAGGCGCAGGGCUUCCUUAGCGGCCUAUUCCCCCCCGCCCCUCUCAGUUAUCCCCUUCACAGGCCGCCGUCGCCGCUGGCCAGAGCGGUGACCUGGCGGGCCGCGCCUGCGCUCUUCCCGUUUCCUGCCUGGCUGGUGGCGGUGGCCAUUUUGUUCAUCCUCCUCCUCCUCUCGCUCCUCCUGGUUGGAGCGCAGUGUCCGGAGCGGGCUGGGGGGAGAGAGCCCGAGAGCAGGGUUCGGUACCUUUUCCUCUGUCCCCAGCCGGUGCCCGGAGCCCCCCCCCUUUCCUCCCCGCCCCCUCCCCUCCCCAGCCCUGCCCUCCCCCUUGUCCCGGGAUCGCUCCGUCGCACCCACCAUGAUGGAAGACGACGGACAGCCCCGGACUCUACAAGAACUGCUACAUCUUCCUAGGUCUUACCCUCUGCAGCACUUAGUUCACUGCCUGGAACAUAAGAGAUAUGUAGGUAACCUCUCCAGAGAUGUGACAGAAGUCCUUAUACUACAGUUAUUCAGUCAGAUUGGACCUUGUAAAAGCUGUAAAAUGAUAACAGAGCAACCCGAUAGCAGAAGGGUCAACUCUUCUGUUGGAUUUUCUGUUUUGCAGCAUACAAGCAAUGACCCAUAUUGCUUUGUGGAAUUUUAUGAACACAGAGAUGCAGCUGCUGCAUUAGCUGCUAUGAAUGGGAGAAAAAUUUUGGGAAAGGAGGUCAAAGUAAACUGGGCAACAACACCAAGUAGCCAGAAAAAAGAUACUUCCAAUCACUUCCAUGUGUUUGUUGGGGAUUUGAGUCCAGAAAUUACAACAGAAGAUAUCAAAUCAGCAUUUGCCCCCUUUGGUAAAAUAUCGGAUGCCCGAGUAGUUAAAGACAUGGCAACUGGAAAAUCCAAAGGCUAUGGUUUUGUAUCUUUUUAUAACAAACUGGAUGCAGAAAAUGCAAUUGUGCAUAUGGGAGGUCAGUGGUUGGGUGGUCGUCAAAUCAGAACCAACUGGGCCACUCGUAAACCACCUGCACCUAAAAGUACACAAGAAAAUAACACUAAGCAGUUGAGAUUUGAAGAUGUAGUAAACCAGUCAAGUCCAAAAAAUUGUACUGUGUACUGUGGUGGAAUUGCUUCUGGGUUAACAGAUCAGCUUAUGAGACAGACAUUCUCACCAUUUGGACAAAUUAUGGAAAUAAGAGUUUUUCCAGAGAAGGGCUAUUCAUUUGUCAGAUUUUCAACCCAUGAAAGUGCUGCCCAUGCCAUUGUUUCAGUGAAUGGCACUACGAUCGAAGGACAUGUGGUUAAAUGCUAUUGGGGUAAAGAAUCUCCUGAUAUGACUAAAAACUUCCAACAGGUCGACUAUAGUCAGUGGGGCCAGUGGAGCCAAGUUUAUGGAAACCCACAACAGUAUGGACAGUAUAUGGCCAAUGGGUGGCAAGUACCGCCUUAUGGAGUAUAUGGGCAACCAUGGAAUCAACAAGGAUUUGGAGUAGAUCAAUCACCUUCUGCUGCUUGGAUGGGCGGAUUUGGUGCUCAGCCUCCCCAGGGACAAGCUCCUCCCCCUGUAAUACCUCCUCCUAACCAAGCUGGAUAUGGUAUGGCAAGUUACCAAACACAGUGAGCUGGGACUCUAAACAAAAUUGUAAUUCAUGAUAGCUUCAGUUUCCUGUGACACUCUGAAGACAUGAAAGUAGACAUCGGAAAAUGAAAAUAUUUAUUUUAAAAAUUGAAAUGUUUGGAACCUUUAGCACAGCUUUGCUUUGGUGAAGGACACAUGUCUUCUAGUUCUGCCUUUUUAAGUUUUGUUCAUGAUGGAUAUGAACAUGAUUUUUCUUUGUGUACAAAAACUAAAAUAAAGUCAAUAAAGACAA